CGCUCACCCUACAGGAGUUUGCAGUGAGGACCCCGAGUGAAGAAGAGGAAGAUGCGCGCCCUCGAAAACAUUCUCGCGUCGCGUUGGAAAAAUCGGUUAGCUUUCCGCUUCCUGUCAAGAGAUCCAGGCGCUCCGUCAGAUAAUAAGAAUGCCAAAAUCAAAGGAAGUGCUGUCUUCCACAUCUGGAAGUGACUCCGACAGUGAAGUGGAGACAAAGGCAAAGAGAAAGAAGCCAAGUGCCCCGGAGAAACCAGCCAAGAAAGCAAAGAGUGGAGAGAGCUCCAAGCCCGGGGGCUCGUCCAGGGGUGGCAGUAAUGGUGACGACAACAUGUUCCAGAUUGGAAAGAUGAGGUAUGUCAGCGUCAGAGACUUCAAGGGUAAAGUCCUCAUCGACAUCAGAGAGUACUGGAUGAACCAAGAUGGAGAGAUGAAACCAGGGAAAAAAGGUAUCUCCUUGAAUCCCGAACAGUGGAACCAACUGAAGGACCAAAUCUCUGAAAUUGAUGAUGCCAUUAAGAGAAUAUAAGCAUUCCUUCCAGUGUUGAAUCUGUUGAACUAACUAAAUAUGUUGGCUUUUGUAAAAAGAAGAAAAAAGCCUGGGAUUAUUUUCUAAUGGGUUUGUUUAAUUUGUAGUUCAUAUAUAUAUAUAUAUAUAUAUAUAUAUAUAUAUAUAUAUAUAUAUAUAUAUAUAUAUAUGUAGUUGUCUGCAUAUUCUGGGUUUGUCUGUGAAACCUUUUUCUCAGCUAUGGUAGUAAAGGUGUGGGAGAGAGUAUGUGGUUAUGGGUAGGGUACACCAAUAGUCAUGUUUUUGUAUUAUAGAAUAAAAACAAAGACUAGCUUAAUGUUUCAGUCAAUGUGUAAGAUCGUGUUCAGAAUUGAUCACGUGGGUCGAAGUCUUCAUGUGCUUUUCUUUUUCAUAUGCAGCUGUUAGUUGGUAGGUCUCAUCUCUGAAACCCAGCCUGGUUUGUCGUGUUUCACAGUGCUGUGCAAAAGUCUUGAGCCAAGUCUCAAUCCUGUUUCACACUUUGUUGUAAUUGUUUAAAGUGGUCUUGAGUUCUGCAGGCUUUCUGAGGGUGCCAUGUUUUUCUUUGGACACUUACUGCAUUUUCACUUCAGUCCUUGUAUCUGUCCAUGUUAAGCAGCGUAACACCGACCUAUAAAAACCACCGAACUCAA